AAAAUAUUAAUUUAUGGAUUAUUAGAAACACCUAAAGAUACUGAAAGAAACUUUGGAUUAACAUAAGAUAACCCCAGAGAAUUUAAGAGAAAAGAGAAAAUCUAUAAAAGAGUUUCCUAAGUAAAUAAAUAAUAGAGUGAUUGAUGCUUUCUAAUCAUUUGCUCCUUUUGAUAGAGCACCAGUGUGGAUGAUGAGGUAAAUACAUAUAAUUUAUGAAAUAUAGAUAAGCAGGAAGAUAUCUACCAGAAUAUAGAGAAAUAAAGGCUGAAAUGGAUUUUUUUGCUACUUGUUAGAAUCCUUUUAUUGCUGCAGAAAUAACAUUAUAACCAACUAAAUAAUUUGAUAUUGAUGCAGCAAUUAUAUUUUCAGAUAUUUUAGUAUUGCCAAAAAUGAUGGGAAUGGAAGUAAGAAUAAUCUUAAAAAUAAGAUUACAAUAGAAGAAAAGAAAGGACCAGUAAUUGCAAAUCCUUUGUAGACUCCAGCUGAUAUUUAGAAGCUUCAUCCUCCUAAUCCAGAACAUUUAGAACAUGUUUAUGAUGCUUUAUUCCUUACUAGAUUGGCAUUACAAGGAAAGUGUAAUUUAAUAGGAUUUUGUGGUGCUCCUUGGACAGUCUUUGCAUAUAUGGUAGAAGGAGGUUCUAGCAAACUAUUUUCAAAAGUUAAGAAAUGGCUUUAUCUAUAUACAGAAGGAUCAUAAUAAGUUUUAGAAUUACUCGCUAAAGAAAGUGCUAAAUAUUUAAUUAAUCAAGUUAAAUAAGGUGGAGCAUAAGUUGUCUAAAUAUUUGAUUCUUGGGCAGGGUAUAUAAUUUUAUUUUAUUAUUCAGUUAAAUUCCUGCUAUUGAUUAUAUUGAAUUUAUUAUUCCAUCUUUGAGAAUUUUAUUUGAAGAUUUUAAAAAAGAAUGUCCUGAUACUCCUUUAAUUAUGUUUCCAAAAGAUUAAAAUGAUAAAAAAGUUAUUGUAGAAUUCUUAAAAUUAACACUUAAUGGAAAACCAUUAAUUGAUGGAUUUUAACUAGAUUCUAAUAUUAGUGAUGAAACACUUGUUAAAAUUAUUGAAGCUAAUAGAACCAUUUAAGGAAAUCUAGAACCAGGAGUAUAUCUUAUUUAUAAUUUAGGUACUUUAUGGUACUAAUGAUAUUAUUAAGAAAAGAAUUUCAUAAAUGAUUGAAAAAUUAUAAACUACAAGAAGAUAUAUUAUCAAUUUAGCACAUGGUCUUACUCCAGAUCAUUAAGUUGAAAAAGUUAGAUUAUUUGUUCAAGAAUCAUAACGACAAUCCAAAUUAUAUAAAGCUAAAGAAAUUUUAGAAUGAGUUUCAAUUCGUAC